UAUAAAACCGCCCAUCCUCACAUAGCCAUUCAAACUUCUCACAAAAGACUCAUAGAAGGUCGAAGUGUGAGAAUUAUUUAUUAGCAACCUCAAUCUAUUUGUCCAAUUGAUAAAAAAAAGAACUUCAAUAUGCGUGAGUGCAUCUCAGUCCACGUGGGUCAGGCUGGCGUCCAGAUUGGCAAUGCCUGUUGGGAGCUCUACUGCCUUGAGCAUGGCAUCCAGCCGGACGGGCAGAUGCCUAGCGACAAGACCAUCGGUGGAGGAGACGACUCCUACAACACCUUCUUCAGUGAGACUGGAGCUGGAAAGCAUGUGCCCAGGGCUGUGUUUGUGGAUCUGGAGCCCACCGUGAUUGAUGAGGUACGCUCAGGGACCUACCGACAGCUCUUCCACCCCGAGCAGCUCAUCACUGGGAAAGAAGACGCUGCCAACAAUUAUGCCCGUGGCCACUACACCAUUGGCAAAGAGCUUAUUGACAUUGUGCUGGACCGUAUGCGAAAACUGGCUGACCAAUGCACAGGUCUGCAGGGCUUCCUCGUCUUCCACAGCUUUGGGGGAGGCACUGGCUCUGGCUUCACCUCCCUUCUGAUGGAGCGCCUGUCUGUUGACUAUGGAAAGAAGUCCAAGCUAGAGUUCUCCAUCUACCCAGCCCCCCAGGUGUCCACUGCCGUGGUAGAGCCCUAUAACGCCAUUCUGACCACCCAUACCACCCUUGAGCACUCUGACUGUGCCUUCAUGGUAGACAAUGAGGCCAUCUAUGACAUCUGCCGUAGAAACCUUGAUAUCGAGCGUCCGAGCUACACAAACCUCAACAGGCUCAUUAGUCAGAUUGUGUCCUCCAUCACAGCGUCCCUCCGUUUUGAUGGUGCGCUCAAUGUUGAUCUGACCGAGUUCCAGACCAACUUGGUGCCCUACCCUCGUAUCCAUUUCCCCCUGGCCACAUAUGCCCCAGUGAUCUCUGCUGAGAAGGCCUACCAUGAGCAGCUCUCAGUGUCUGAGAUUACCAAUGCUUGCUUUGAACCAGCCAAUCAGAUGGUCAAAUGUGAUCCCCGUCACGGCAAGUACAUGGCCUGCUGUCUGCUGUACCGUGGUGACGUGGUGCCGAAAGAUGUUAAUGCUGCCAUUGCCGCCAUCAAGACCAAGCGAAGCAUUCAGUUUGUGGAUUGGUGUCCCACUGGUUUCAAGGUUGGCAUCAACUACCAGCCGCCCACUGUUGUCCCAGGUGGAGACCUGGCAAAGGUGCAGAGGGCUGUGUGCAUGCUGAGCAACACCACUGCUAUUGCAGAGGCUUGGGCCAGGCUGGAUCACAAGUUUGAUCUGAUGUACGCCAAGCGUGCCUUUGUGCACUGGUAUGUAGGUGAGGGUAUGGAGGAGGGAGAGUUCUCCGAGGCCAGAGAGGAUAUGGCUGCUCUGGAGAAGGAUUAUGAAGAGGUGGGAGCUGAAAGCGUGGAGGAAGAUGAGGAGGGCGAGGAGUACUAAGCGCUUUUUAACUGACUUUUAAACAAGUCUGUUUUUUUCCCCUUUCCUAUUCUCUUUUAUAUGUGUUGUCCCACUGUCUUGCCAAACCUUUAUCUCAAAUUUUCCAAUGACAAUAAAGGUGAAGUCUAAAUA